AUGGCAUCGUCGAUCUCACGGUGGCUCGUCGACCCGAACCGCAACCCGCUUGCCGCCAUCCACAAGAAAACCAUCUCCUCGCGCCUCCGCAAAUACGGGUUGCGCUACGAUGACUUGUACGACCCAAUGUACGAUUUGGAUGUGAAGGAGGCGCUGAACCGGCUGCCAAGAGAAAUCGUGGACGCGAGGAACCAGCGCCUCAAGCGAGCCUUGGACCUCUCCUUGAAGCAUGCGUACCUCCCUGAGGAGCUUCAGGCUAUGCAGACGCCAUUUAGAAGCUAUCUUCAGGAGAUGUUGGCUCUUAUCAAAAGAGAGAGAGCUGAACGUGAAGCGUUGGCUGGAAGUAGUGGCUCGGUGGCAGUUCCACCGAUGCCAGUGGUUUUAAGAACUUCAGGAACAAUAUGUCGGAGAAGAAUACUAGCACGUCUGAUUGUUCAACGCCGCUGUAGUAGCGGCACUGCGCGAGACUCCUCGCUCCAGUCGUCGUCGCUGCGACGGCGUUGUGCGCGCUGCUCUGCACGCUACGACGUGGAUGUGGUGUUUCUUCCCUCCAAUAUUCCUAGUUCAAACAAUACCAGUUCAUUAUAA